AUGAAGACUACAAGCUUCGCCAUCGCGACUGUGUCGCUGCUUCAACUUGCUUCCGCACAACCUUACCGAGGUCGUCAUAUGCACCAACAUUACAAGAAGGACGAAGUAACCUGGGUUACCGUCGCUGCACAGCCUGCCGACGUGGUAAGAGUUUAUGUUGACGCUGCUGGCAACCCAACUGCCACAGUCACUGGAGAUGGGAACCCCACCCCAGCACCAGCAGCGCAAAACAACAAUCAAGGACCUCCUCAAAACCAAGGACCUCCAAACCAAGAGCCUCCUCCAGCCGCACCCCCGGCCCAGCCUGCUCAAACAACCGGCUCUCCAGCUCCUUCACCUAGUCCACAGGAACCUACAACCGAGACUCCAUCAUCUGGUGGAGGGAGUGGUUUUGGCUUCACCUACUCGCCAUACAAUCCUGACCACUCAGUCAAAAGCUCAGAUCAGAUGAAGAAAGAUUUCGACAGCAUCAAAGGCGAGGGUUUCUCAGUCGUUAGAAUCUACGGUGUAGACAAUCAUCAGACCAAACUAGUCCUCGAACAAGCCAAAGCCCACGGAAUGAAGCUUUUCGCUGCCGUUUUCGACCUGAGUCAAUUAGAGAAUGAUCUUAACACACUCAUCGCAGAUGUGGGUGGAGAUUGGGGAAGUGUUGACACAGUUUCCAUUGGAAACGAACUAGUCAACGAAGGAAAAGCCAGUCCUGAUCAAGUUGUUGCUGCGAUUGGAACCGCUAAGGAAAAGCUGAAGGCCGCCGGAUGGUCAUCUCCUGUUGUAGUUACCACCGAUACUCUCGUUGCCACGAAUACGGAUAAUGGCAUCAAGAUGUGCGAUGCUUCCACCUAUUGCGCUGUCAACUGUCAUCCUUUCUUUGACCCAAAUACCAGUGCCGAAGGCGCAGGACAAUUCAUCAAAGACCAAAUGGCGAACCUUAGGAAGAAACUUGCAAACCCCAACCAACGAAUUGUUAUCUCAGAGACCGGAUGGCCAUGGCAAGGAUUGCCAAAUCAAAAAGCAGUUCCUUCCGAGAGCAAUCAACAAAAGGCCAUCCAAACCAUCAAGGAUGCAUUCAGCUCGAACCCAGCCGAUGUUUUUCUCUUCAACACCUUCAAUACCAUGUGGAAGAAGAACAGCCCUCAGCAGUUCGAAGCCGAACAGUACUGGGGUUUCCUCAAGGGCAGUGGCGGCGCUCAUGGCACAGCUCCUUCCGAGGCGUAA